CGGUCUUUUUAGUCUUUACUCCCAAAGAGAGAGAGAUCUGCAGAUUUCCUGUAUUAUCUUGUAGAUUUCUUUUAGACUCUAUCUUCUUCAUCUGUCGUCUUAUUAAUAUGACAAUAUCUUCUAUCUCUACUUUUAUGGAGGAAGGAAGCACUGGAUAGGUCAAGAUCGCUCGUUGAAAAGAGACCCACUUCGAUCUGUUGCUCUUUGAUUCCGUUUCUUUUCUCCAGGAAGAGUUGAGAGAGUUAAACAUAUUUGAAAGAACAAGGACGAUAGCUAGCUUGCUUUGAUUUCACUCGAUGGAUGAUGGGUAACAAAACAACGUUGUUGCGAACGAAUUGUCGGCGGAUAGGUUAACAAAGAGAUCGGUAUUCGUGCGUUCAUCUUUAAUUUAAGAAUCACAAGUUCGGGAUCUUCCCCCAAAUUGGUGUUGAAGUUAAUAUUUACAGAUAAAAAUGGCAACCCCUGUUGAACCUCCAAAUGGAAUAAGAUCGCCUGGUAAACAUUAUUACUCGAUGUGGCAAACCUUGUUCGAGAUCGAUACAAAAUAUGUACCAAUCAAGCCGAUAGGGCGAGGAGCUUAUGGAAUUGUCUGUUCUUCCGUUAACAGAGAAACAAACGAAAAGGUAGCAAUCAAGAAGAUACACAACGCAUUCGAGAACAGAAUCGACGCACUUCGAACUCUACGAGAAUUGAAACUCCUCCGAAACCUAGUCCACGAUAACGUGAUCGCUUUGAAAGACGUGAUGAUGCCGGUCCAGAAGAAAAGUUUCAAAGAUGUAUACUUGGUUUACGAGCUAAUGGAUACUGAUUUGCAUCAAAUCAUCAAGUCUUCUCAAUCCCUAACAAAUGAUCAUUGCCAAUAUUUCCUCUUUCAGUUACUUAGAGGACUUAAGUACCUUCAUUCCGCUAAUAUCCUCCAUCGUGACUUGAAACCCGGAAAUCUUCUGAUAAAUGGAAACUGUGACCUUAAAAUCUGUGAUUUUGGUCUUGCCCGUACUAGCAAUGAAAACGGGCAGUUCAUGACAGAGUAUGUUGUUACACGAUGGUAUAGGGCACCCGAGCUUCUCCUAUGUUGUGAUAAUUAUGGAACAUGUAUUGAUGUUUGGUCUGUUGGAUGUAUUUUUGCUGAACUUCUUGGACGAAAACCUAUCUUUCCAGGGACCGAGUGUCUGAACCAACUGAAACUGAUUGUUAAUGUUCUUGGUAGCCAGAGGGAAGAUGAUCUUGAGUUUAUUGAUAAUCCAAAGGCAAAGAGAUUCAUUAAGACACUGUCUUAUUCUCAAGGGACAUCGUUAUCUCAUCUUUACCCGAAUGCACAUCCUUUGGCAAUUGACCUUUUACAGAAGAUGCUUGUUUUUGAUCCAACAAAAAGGAUUAGUGUGUCUGAAGCACUCCAACACCCUUAUAUGUCUCCUCUGUAUGAUCCAAACAGUGACCCACCUGCCCGGGUUCCAAUUGAGCUUGAUAUUGAUGAAGAUUUAUGUGAAGAUAUGAUAAGGGAGAACAUGUGGGAAGAAAUGCUUCAUUAUCAUCCUGAAGCAGCAGUCAAUGGUUAAAUUACGAGAGGUAAUUACAACCUUUUCUUUUCUUACUAGUCCGAGUGUUAUUUGGGGAAUAAUGGAUUAAUGGUUUGCACCAUUAACUCAAAACAUUAUGUGUUUGUUUCCUCCAACUGAGUUUUAUUUUAUCUAAGCUCUUUGUUAUCCAGAAGUUUCUGGAACUUGUAUAUAUUUAAUGUUUUAUUCUAAAACAACAAAAUGUCUCAUUGUAAAUUUACCUGAGAUUAUGUAAACUUCUUUUUAGGUAUUGUGUUUUA